AUGCUGACUUGGUUUGAUUACCAGCUCGACCAAACGAUUAACGACGUUGCGCCGCCACUGCCGAUUCUUCAGAUCCCGACUCCCGCGCUUCCAAAUCCAGGGUACACGCCGAGUGACAUCAAACCGAAGAAGCUGGUAUUCGUGUGGACCGGAGCGGGUGACAACAAGCAUGCGGACAUUUUGAUAUCAUUCAGCCUUGACGACGAUACGUUCGGGACUGUACUUCGUGUCGUUGAAGUGCCGACUUCUGGGAACAGCCCGCAUCACUCUGGUGUAUCCCACGACGGCAAGACUUUGUGGGGUGGCGGUCUGUUGGCGUUGUUGAAGACGCAGGACACAGGAUACUACUUUGAUGUCUCUAACGUCUACGAGCCGACAUUCUGGAAGUCCGACCGUGCGCUGCUCGGGUCCAUCGCCGACGAGAUUGUCGCAAAGCCUGAAGGUGGAUUCUUCAUCACCUAUAUGGGAUCAGAAGUGGGCUUGGCUCCUGGCCGCCUUAUCGAGACUGACGACAACUACAACAUUAUCCACGAAUGGCCCGAAGACCCCGCCGGUGAAGCGAACAUCUUGGAAUCUCAAUUCUCGCCACACGGGCUCAGCAUCGACUUCGAGCGCAACCUCAUGUUCACGUCAGACUUUAUCGUUCCCGCAUCUAUCUUGCAUCCAGUCAGCGACCUCAAUGGAGGAGAGAGGAUCAGCGCAGAUAGUGUCCGACUAUGGGACCUCACCGACCGCACCAUCCUCAACACUAUACACAUACCGAAUGGUGGCGGCAUCCAAGAUGUCAAAUUUAUUCCCGGCAACCCAGAUGGUGCUGCUAUUGCGACCGCCGUCGGGCCUGGGCAGGUAUGGAUUAUUUACCCUUACCAGAAGGAUAGCAAUGGCAAGCCGGGUCGUGCGGAGCUGCUGUACGACUACAAACUGCCAAAGACGACCGCCAUCUAUUCGACGCUUUCCAAGGACGGCCGAUUUGCGUACUUCACGUUUACCACCGCAAACAGAAUCUCCGCCCUCGACAUAUCCGACCUGUCCAACCCGAUCCGUCUCGACGAUCCGAACGAAGUUCAACCUACCGUCGGGCCCCACUAUCUCAAAUUGACGCCCGACGAGAAGGCUCUCGUUGUGUGCGAUUACUUCGUACAAACCGGUUCGAUCGGGAUUAUUAACACCGACGCCGACUACAAAGUCCUGUACAUUGACGUCCUUCCGAACGGAGGAUUGUCCUUUAACCGCACCAUCGAUACCGCGGGAUUGUUUCCGCAGUAUGGAGGAGCAAAACCGCACUCGGUUGUUGUAUAUGACCUUACAGAUCCGGAGAACCCGCUGUGGUACUAG